AAACUAAGGAACAAAGAGUGGGGAAGAGCUUAGCUUUGCUGCUGCACUCUUGACCGGGACAUGCUCAUCCUGGACUGCUUUUCUGCCUUCUGUCAUCCGGUUCCCCACACAUCUUAAGAGACUGAAGAAGUAGCUUUCUUCUGCAAGAACAUCUUCUAGGUCUGCUUCUGCAAUCACUGGCUCAAGUCUAAAGGAAAAAUAAAAUGGCAGCUAAUUCUACACAGAUUUCACUGAUUAACGGAUGGAAAUAAUAAUUAAAAAAUAGUUCUAAUGGUUAUCAUCUCCAAAAGCCCCCAUAUAUCUGCUUUUGUGCCAUGAAGAUUUUACUUGCAUUUAAAGUGCUGCGGUCCCCAUGGAGCAUCCAGACACUCCACAGAUUAUUCCACCAGCAUUGCAAGACUGUUGCACCUUUGAAUUUCUCAGAUUAUGAAGCUAUCGGUCGUUGUGAACAGGAAGUACCUGAAUACUUUAAUUUUGCAAGCAAUGUGCUGGACAAGUGGUCUCAAAUAGAAAAGGAACAAAAAGGACCAUCAAAUCCCGCUCUGUGGUGGAUAAAUGGAAAAGGAGAUGAAAUUAAAUGGAGCUUUGAAGAGCUGAGCUUCCUGUCCCAAAAAGCUGCCAAUGUGCUCUCCGGGCCGUGCAGCCUGCAAAGAGGAGACCGAGUUUUAGUGAUUCUACCCCGAAUCCCAGAGUGGUGGCUGCUGUACGUGGCUUGUAUGCGAACAGGUGUUAUCAUCAUCCCAGGGACAACACAACUGACAGCACAAGACAUUUGCUAUAGAUUGCUGGCUUCCAAGGCUAAGGGCAUUAUUACAACUGAUGUGCUUGUUCCUGCAGUGGACUCAGUUGCAUCCAAGUGCCCGUUUCUGAAAACUAAGCUAAUUGUAUCUGAAAGCAGCAGGGCUGGGUGGCUGAAGCUCAGUGAUUUGCUCAAGGCUGCCCCUGGUGUCCAUAACUGCAUGAAGACAAAAAGCCAGGAUCCAAUGGCAAUCUAUUUUACCAGUGGCACCACAGGGGCUCCCAAAAUGGCUGAACAUUCCUAUGGAAGCCUUGGUCUGGGUUUUUUUCUCUGUGGAAGAUACUGGAUGAAUUUGACUCCCUCUGACAUCAUGUGGAACACGUCAGACACUGCUUGGGCAAAGGCAGCUGUUGGGAGUAUUUUUGGUCCGUGGUUCCAGGGCACAUGUGUUUUCGUACAUGCCAUGCCACAGUUUGAUCCAAGAGCAAUCUUAAAUACCUUGUGCAGAUAUCCGGUGACCACUCUGUGCAGCACCCCAACUGUCUACCGCAUGCUGGUACAGCAUGACCUCCCCAGGUAUGCAUUCAAGAAACUGAAGCACUGUUUGACUGCAGGAGAACCACUCAACCCAGAAGUGAUGGCACAGUGGAAAAGCCAAACAGGCCUGACUAUCUAUGAAGGCUACGGCCAAACUGAAAUUGGAAUGGUAUGUGCACAUAUGAAAGGAAUGAAAAUUAAGCCAGGUUCCAUGGGAAAGGCAGCUCCUCCUUACGAUGUUCAGAUUAUAGAUGAAAAUGGCAGUGUUCUGCCUCCUGGAAAAGAAGGAGACAUUGGUAUCAAAAUAGAUACCAAGCGGCCAUUUACUUUUUUCACUCAAUACCUGGAUGAUCCAGUGAAAACUGCUUCUACAGCCCGUGGGAACUUCUAUAUCACUGGAGACAGAGGGAGCAUGGAUGAGGAUGGAUACAUAUGGUUUAUGGGGAGAUCUGAUGACGUCAUAAUCUCCUCUGGGUAUCGUAUUGGACCGUUUGAAAUAGAGAGUGCUCUGCUACAGCACCCAGCCAUCAUGGAGUCAGCGGUGGUCAGCAGCCCAGACCCCACCCGAGGGGAGGUGGUAAAAGCUUUUGUGGUCUUGUCUCCUUCCUUUAAGUCACAAGAUGCAAAGAAACUGGCCUGUGAAUUACAAGAUCGUGUCAAGAAAGUCACUGCUCCAUACAAGUACCCCAGAAAGAUUGAAUUUGUCCAGCAGCUGCCAAAGACAGUCACUGGGAAAAUCAGACGGAAUGAACUGAGGAACAAGGAGUGGGGACAGAUUUAGUUUUGAUAAGUGAUCUAAAACAGCCUAUCCCUAUCAAUUUCAUUCAUAGUGGAGCUUUUCUAUUACAACUGUAAGCACUAACAUAGGAUAUUUCACCCAUUAGGCAGUGAUUGUGUAAUAAUGCACAAGGUUUAAAAACUCCAACCGUAUGGUUUUUAAAUGCAUGUGUACUUGCUUAACAAAAAUCAAGCCUACUUAGCAAAGUAUAUGCAAACACAUCUUCCAGCCACCUAAUGCUUUUCAGAAUUACAGUACAAGCAGAAGCAAGUGAUUACCAGGUGCAGUGUAGUGUGUUCAUUUUUUGAGACCAGAUACUUUAACUCACAAGAGGCUUAUUAAUGAGGAAAUCAUGAUAGCAUGCAAUGAAGUUCGCAGAAAUGGCCAUAGACCUUGCAUGCAUCCAAAUUAAGCACCCUGCUUGUAUGAAUCUUGAAAGCCUCAAAGUUUAUGAAUUAAUGUAUUAACAAUGAAUGUUUGGUAAGUGCAAAUUAUGAAAAAUCAGAAUAAUGCAGACAUCUUUAAGACUGCAGCAUAGGCUGCAUCUAAAUGCCAGACAUUGGCUUGGCAAAUAGAUGGUAACUAUUCAGCACUUUCUCCUGAAGAUCUGUAGGUCCUGUAGACACACAAAUGAGUGAACAGAAGGGAAAAAAAAUACAAAAAAUGACAAACCAUCCAUGAGUCUAUAUUUGUCCUUAGUAAGAUAAGAAGGCUGUCUUGAAUGGUGAUGACUAACAUCAGCCACCAAUAAACAUCCACAGUUGGCUUUCA